GGAAAGGACAGAACUAACAAAGGUGCUUAGUAAAUUUCAAGACGUGUUUCACCACGGAAAUGAACCUUUAACCUUUACAAGUGCAAUUCAACAUGAGAUCAAUACAAGGGAUGAACUUCCCGUAUACACAAAGUCGUAUAGAUACCCCUUCUGUCACAAAGAAGAGGUACAACGACAAAUUAUGAAAAUGCUCGAACAAGGAAUCGUUCGACAUUCAAGCAGUCCAUGGUCUUCCCCAGUAUGGGUAGUGCCAAAGAAGCUAGAUGCUUCUGGACAAAGGAAAUGGAGAUUGGUUAUAGAUUAUCGAAAGUUGAACGAAAAAACUUUAGAUGAUCGUUACCCGAUCCCCAACAUAACGGACAUUCUAGAUAAACUAGGAAAAUGUCAGUAUUUUUCAACAUUGGAUCUAGCUUCUGGCUUCCACCAGAUAGAGCUAGCAAAAAAGGAUAUUCAUAAGACAGCUUUUAGUGUCGAAGGAGGACACUACGAGUUUCUCAGAAUGCCCUUUGGAUUAAAGAACGCUCCCGCCACAUUUCAAAGAGUGAUGGAUAACAUCCUCCGAGAACAUGUCGGUGUGAUUUGCCUGGUGUACAUGGAUGAUAUCAUCAUCUAUUCAACCAGCCUGCAGGAGCAUUUGAUAAAUAUAUCCAAAGUAAUGGAGACUCUUCGCAAACACAAUCUGAAAAUUCAGAUUGAUAAAAGCGAAUUUCUCCAGAAGGAGGUAGCCUUCUUAGGACACAUAGUUACUCCUGAAGGAGUAAAACCCAAUCCGGAUAAAAUCAAAGUUAUCCAAAAUUGGCCUUUGCCAAAAAAUGAAACCGAACUCAAAGGGUUCUUAGGAACCAUGGGUUACUACCGAAAAUUCAUAAAGGAUUUUGCUAAAAUUGCAAAACCUUUAACCCAGCAACUACGUAAAGGCGAAAAGAUCACUCAUUCACCCGAGUUUGUAUCAGCCUUCAAUCGUUGCAAAAAUAUCCUGACCAGUAGCCAUGUGCUUCAACGUCCGGAUCUUUCGAAGCCAUUUGUGCUCACCACAGAUGCUUCUAACUACGCUAUAGGCGCGGUUUUGUCACAAGGGCCCAUUGGGAAAGACAAACCUAUAGCCUUCGCGUCACGUACGCUGACGAAAAGCGAAGAAAAGUACUCUACAAUUGAGAAGGAACUUCUCGCUAUCGAUUGGGCGUGCAGAUAUUUCAGACCAUAUCUGUUUGGUCGGAAAUUUACUUUAUACACGGAUCACAAGCCGUUGACUUACGCCUUGAAUAUGAAAACAUCAAAUGAUAGGCUCAUUCGGAUGAAACUGCGACUUGAACAAUUCGACUACGAAAUUCAAUAUCGCCCCGGAAAACAAAACGUCGUCGCAGACGGUUUGUCUCGUCUUCACCAUGAAAUAAAUAUUAACCCGGCAAUAAAUGCUAACGAACAAGAAUCUUUAUCAUCAUCCAGCGACGAAGAUAAAUCUGAUGACAAUAACGAUAAUGAUGACAGUGAUAGUGGGACCGUCCACUCCAGCUCAUCUGAUGCAAGUGACUUGAUCAAAAUGACCUUACGACCAAUUAAUGUCUUCAAAAAUCAAGUUUUAAUUACAGAAGGGCCAAGGAACGAUGAAUCGUACGAGGAAAUUUUCCCCUCUGUAUUCAGACGAACCAUCACCAGAGCAACAUUUGGAUUGGUGAACGCCAUAAGUAUCUUCCGAGACUACAUGCAUCCGACCCGAACGAGUUGUAUCCUAUGCCCAGAACAAUGGUUAAAAUGGAUACAAUUAGCUUAUAAAAACUAUUUUUCCCGUAAUAAAUCCUUCAAAGUUGUACUCACCCAGUCUAUUUUGCAGGAUAUUCUUACCGAAGAGGGACAAGACCAGAUCAUCGAGGAAACGCACGACCGCGCCCACCGCGGAAUCGAAGAUAAUUACAAGGUGAUCUCUGGAAAAUACUUCUUCCCAAGGAUGCGGAACAAGCUAAUAUGUGCUUCGAUCAUUAUAUACAGUAUAAUUCCAUACACAUUGGCAGACUCAUUUUUGAAUGUUAUAAACAUAGGAAAUAACCCAAUUGUCGAAAUCAAAAUAACCAAUUGUAAGAUACAAACCGGAAACAUAAAAAUCAUACACCCAGUGAAGCUAGAUAGAAUUGAGGAGAGCAUGGAAAUUAUAACGAAUUCAUUCUAUAACAAACUAACAAAUACUAACAACCCCUUACACGAAGUGAUCAAGUUCAGGAUUAAGAAGCUAUAUGCAACUCUCUAUGGAUUGAAGCCACAGCAGGCACGUCGCCACCGACGAUGGGAUUCACUAGGCACCGCGUGGAAAUGGAUAGCUGGAUCACCGGAUGCGCAGGACUUACACAUCAUCAACUCUACCAUGAACGAGCUUAUUAACCAAAACAACCACCAAUACAAGAUAAACGACAACAUCAACAACAGGAUUACGCAGCUCACGAUAACCGUUAACCAAAUAGCUAACUCCCUCAACAGUAAAAACAAGGCAAACCUGGAUGCCUUAGAUGCAGUCACAACAAUGUUAAACGUCGACGUCAUCAACGAGCUAUUGGACAACAUUCAAGAAGCCAUCACCCUCUCAAAGAUCUCCAUCAGUAACAACAAAAUUCUAUCUACGCGGGAAAUUAACAUCAUCAAAUCAACCCUUCAAGACCAAGGAGUACUCAUCCACUUCCCAGACGAAGCACUUCAAUUCGUUACCCCGAAGGUUGCUGUUAGAAACGGUGAUUUACUGUACAUCCUUAACGUUCCACAGCUGGAAUCUACAACAUCGACAAUCACAAGGAUCUACCCACUCAUCGUGGAUAAUCAAAUAAUCAGAUCAUACCCAAGCCACAUCAUACGGCAUGGUAACAAAUUAUUCACGACCAGAAACCCAGAAGAUUUCGUCCAAAAAUCAACAUUCAUCACAGAGUUUGAGGACGACUGUAUCCAAGCCAUCAUAUUUGGAAAACAGUCACGAUGCAGUUCUAUUUUCCAAAACGAAACCACCCAACAACUGGUAAACGAGAACACCCUAUUAAUCUCGAAUGCCGUCAACCACACCUUGGAAACAAAUUGCGGACCAGAUACCAGAAGAAUCACCGGAAAUUUCAUCAUCAAAUUCAACAACUGCACCGUCAACUUCAACGGCCAAUCAUUCCGAAGUUCGGAAUCGUUCAUCGACACCGAAGUAAUCAACAAUGCAUUUCACAACAGUUUAAUGGAAUGGAGUCUUCAUAAACCACACGACAUAGCAGAGAUCAGCAAUACUGCAGUUAGUAACCGGCAAAAAUUGGACCACGUAUAUCUGCAACAAGACAGUCUACAUUUCAAACUUUGGACAACGUUCGGAGGAAUUUCGAUAUCAACCAUACUUGGAUUUUGCGGUAUUUGCAUCAUCAUCAAAGUCAUCGUGAAAAACAUAACCAACGGACCGGGACGUUCCGUACUUGAGGAGGGUUCAGUUAUAGUUGCUUCCCACCAACCAAACAAACCGAACAUCGUAAACGACCAGAAUAGUCAACACCAUCAAGUAAGGAAUCUGCAACGUCAGCAGGUGGAGCUAGAGAAGGAGCUGCAACGACUCCGCGCGCAUUUCUACGAAGAACAGUCUACAGCACCGCAACCGGACACCACCACGAGGCACCACAACGCGAUCCAAUAGAGUGUGCAUACUCAGCAAGUAGCUGGACAGGGCUCAUAGGUAGUCAGGGACUCAGGAUAGGUAUAAUAAAUCAGUCUAGAGUCAGAGCUCUAAGUGUGAAGUUCAA